CGCACCUUUUUGUGCGCGUGCUGUUUUUUGUGGGCGGGGCGUACGUCGUUGCCUGGAUACGCCCUCGCGCUCAUCUGAAGGCUCCACAUUUCUAAACGCGGCACUUUCAAAGUUACGGUGACAGAAAGCGAGCUCCCGGCCUCCGACAUGACCUUCUACACCGCGCAGCUCUUCACCUCCAAGCGGGGGCCUCUCGCCCAGAUCUGGCUCGCUGCGCACUGGGAAAGGAAACUCACAAAGACCCAUGUGUUUGAAUGUAAUUUAGAAACAACCAUCAGGGACAUCAUUUCCCCAAAGAUGAAACUUGGUUUGCGGACCUCCAGUCAUCUGUUCGUUGGCGUGGUCAGGAUCUACUCCAGGAAAGCAAAGUAUCUCCUCGCAGACUGCAGUGAUGCCCUGGUUAAAAUUAAAAUGGCAUUCAGGCCAGGUCAGACGGAUAUGCCUCUGGACGGGCUUGAAGCAACUUUAAAAGCAAUUACUUUGAUGGAAGAUUUCACUGCUUUUGAUUCCCAGCUGCCAUCUCUAAGCACCAUCGAUGUUGUGGACCACUUCUCACUGAACCAGUGUCGAUCAGAAGAAAUCACUCUGAAAGAAGACUUUGGAAGUGGCUUUCUUAAUUUAGUAGACUUCGGAGAUGAUUCCCAGAGCCACCACAAUGGGCUGCUGGAUAUGAGCUUCCAGAGCUUCACUCAACACGACGAUUUUGGGGAUGAGAAUAGAGGACUCGACCUUCUCGACUUCCUGACAAACUCCAGUGAGAAUCCUGAGUACACUGACUUCAUCCUCAAGGAGCCUCAAGCAAGAAGUCCAGAGAUCGCUACACUCACUCCUCAACAAGAUGCAGAAAGAACGGAGAUGGGUUCUCCAACGUGGAACGAGACCACCCUGCUUGAUGACGAGGCGGAGGCCUUUGCUCUUGAACCUGUGGCCGUCACUUCAAACUCCGAGACGAAGAGGGGGAAGAGGAAGCGCAAGUUGGUCGUGGACCAGACUAAAGAGCUGACCGAUGAGUGCAUCAGAGGGCAGCUUCUCGACUAUUCCGAUCUGGUUGCCUCUCUGGACAUGGCCCCACCAACGGUGCAGCUCAUGCGGUGGAAGGAGAGCGGCGCCGCGGACAAACUCUUUGCACACCCGUGUUCAACCGUAGCAGCUCAAGAGAUAAUGACGCUCUUUGCCAGGAGUGUUUUCCAGGUGAAACCUCAUGUCGUGCACGAGGAGGUGGAGGAGAUGCGUCAGGAUGGACAAGCAGUUCAGAGGGACACGCGCAGCCUCACGACAGACGACGCCAGGGACGUCGAGUCAUCAAUAGAUCCCGAAACACACGACACGCAGCUGACCGACCUCGACCACGUGAAUGACAAUCCACUUGAGAAUCACUCCGAGCCCGCACAAGGUCAAAACAGUUCGGAGGUCACUCAUCCAGGACUUCCAUCAGAGGACUCCAUGUUUGUGCAUCCAUCUUUCCUGCAGCAGGACACUUCCCUCCACACUCAGUCUCUGCUGGACAGCCAGGACUUUGAGGAGAGGAGGACGACCAGACGCACACAGAAGCUUCUGGACAUUCUAAGAAGCAACAGUGACGCCGCCGCGUUCAGCCUGCAGGCGCUCUGUGAAGGAGGAAGUCGCCUGCGGGCUGCAACCACUUUCUACUCCCUUCUGAUCCUGAAAAAACUCAAAGCCAUUCACCUGCACCAGAGAGCGCCCUACGAGGACAUCAGUGCCACACCUGGAGACAAUUUCUACAACGAGCCCAGUAGAGUUUCUUAAAGUGACGGCGUUGCGGUCUCGGUUCUGUCGGCGCGGCCUCGUUCAGAAGCACCACGUGUUUGUGUUACUAGGUCAGUGUCUCUUUUUUGGGCUCAAUAGCGAAAAACUGUUUGAAAAGAAUAAUCUCUCUUUACAUGAUACGUCAAGUACUAUUUUGCUUGUUCUCAGCAAUCAAACAACACAUCUGUGAGGAAUUGAGAAAGUAUGAAUGAAGGAACAUUUUGUUAAAAAAACUGACAUCAGAUAUGGGUUUCUCUUCCAUAUAUUUUCGACGUGAUCUACAAGGUCCUUUAAGUAUUUAUGUAUUUAUUGUUCCACUGUUUGACAACCGAAUGUUCGUUAUUCUUGUGAUAUUUUUGGACAGACAUUUCUUGCCUGUUCAUUUUGUGUUUUACACCAGUUCCUCUUCUAUUGAUUGGAAGCGCGGGAUUAUAUCGACCUGCCUGUUAUUUCAUUAUCAUGAAAUGUUGCUAAUGAUUUGGUCAAAGUACAGAUAAUAUUCACAUCUUAAAACUGUUCCUUGUAUCGAGGCAAAACACAAGACAGAAUGUUUACUAGAUGCGUUUGUGUUUUUAUAGCUUUAGCAGGAUACAUUUGAUAUUACUGAAGGGUGGCAUAUGAAAGUAAAUGCAUAUAUUUGUAAUUUUUGUGGUCAAGAUGUUAUUUACAUUUUUCUCUAUUGGUUUCCUGCAGCUAAAAUCCAUAAAUCCAGGUACAGUACUGCUGUACUCUUAACGACAAUAGGUGACUUAAAUGGUAAUAGUCUCAAAUGAGACUUGUAGACCUAUGUCAUCCAUUUUACUGUGUGCUCCAUGUCGGCCUGACGUCACUCGUUUGGGACAGCAACAUCUAUUUGUUUUUAAUAUCACAUGAUAUUGGAAUAUGAGCACAUGUGGGAUAUCCCACAGAACUGUAACGCAGUGACGUUUCCUCGUUCUCAGAGUUCAUUACGUCACAAGCCGAGAAUUUAAAUCGUGAUGUGUUUUUUGUUAUGAAAUGGCUUCUGUCUUUGUGGAGAUUGUAUUAAAAAUAAACACAUACAUGGA